AUGGAACGAACUUUACAGGAAGCUUUUGAGUGGGAGGGUGAGAUUACUGAAUCUGUCCAGCAGCAGCCCCCUCCUCCAAAACUCCCAUCUAAUGAGGAAAAAUCGCUUCAUGAAAUACUAUAUGCCAUUUAUGUUGAGGAAUGUGGAAAAGAGGCUGAUGCAGAGGUCCUUGAAAGCAAUGUCUACUUACUAAAGAAGCUUCUGAAAAGAGAGGCAUUGCCAUGUCUGAUAGUCAGCCUGUACCCAGAAAAUCAGGGCUAUUCUCUCAUGAUCAAGGACAAAUGUGGGUCAUUUUCAGAGCCCUUUCAGUUGCCUUAUGAAGCAGAGGAACUGAUCGAAUAUUUGGAUGCUGAAGAGUUACCUCCAUUUCUUAUUGAUGUCCUGGAAAAGUCACCUGUGAAUGUUUUUCACCAUGGAUGUGUCAUAGCAGAAAUCCGAGACUACAGGCAGGGUAGUAACAUCGACCCUGCUGGGGAGCUUGCUGCAGAGCCUGCUGUGUUGCCUGCUGUGUCACCUCCUGCUUACCAAAGCCGGCAUAUUCUCUUACAUCCCACAAUGCAGAGCCUAGUAAGUGAUGUACACUCCAUACCAAGUGAUAACCAUCAAUGGACUGAGGAAGAAAAACUUGAGCCUGAGAGCCAACUGAUUUCAGCUUCAGCAGAGCCACUGUAUCUGUUUCCCUCUGAUGCUGUCAACUGCACGGCCGACAAUCUGCUGUUUAAUGAGAUGAACACUGACCCCAUGAAACAGUGCUCCAAGAGGCAUGCAUAUCCCUCUCUGGAUCAACAGGAGGUACCAUUCGUGUGUACUUGUCCCCCUGACCUCGCAACAGCGACUCCUUUAAAAAAGCAGGCAAAAGUAAGAGUAGAUGACCCAUAUGACCUGAAGAUUGCUGGAGCAGAAACAUGGAAGCAGAGACCCUGUGAACUGCCCCUGCCUCCAGAGAUGGGUAUGCUCUUUGGGGAUGAAGGACCAAGUGUCUUGGCAACUCCAGAAGUAAAAUAUGACUCUAUGUUUGAUUAUGAGAAUGGCGAUCAGCUAUGGGAAACAAGUCCAAAUUUCAUGAAGUCCCUUAAUGAGCCACUUUUCUCUGCUGAAAUAGGGCUGCUUCCAGAAGACAGGACCUUCCUGGAUGAUUAUUCGGAUGACUUCAUGGCUGGGGUAAACACUGGGCCGGGGGACACAGAGGAUGUAUGCCAAGGGUCUGUCCAGAGCGAAGCCAGGUGUCCAGACAAGAUGCCACAGGAGUCUGGUAGCCCAUUGUGUCCUCAGCCCUCCCUGGGAACAGAGUCCACAACCAGUCUGCUGCCAUUCUCCAUCUUAGAAAAGGAAAGCAGACCUCCCCCACCAGUUACACUUGUCCCAAUCUCAAGACAGGGUUCCUCCACUAUCAGCUGGGGUCCAGACACACCACAUGCCCCUAAGGCAAGCAUUGUGGUUCAGCAGACUCUUGUGAGAGAAGACAGAGUUAGCACCCUGCCUGCAGCUGUCCAACCCAAUGCUAGGUCAUCAGAAAACAACCCAAAGGUCCAGCCCUCCACCAGAACCACUGCUGUGAAUGUGAAUGAUGUGCUAAAGUCUGUGUCACAACCUGGCCUGGUGAGUAAUUCAUCCCAGGUCCUAGGCUGCCCCACUGGUGUCCCAGCUACUAAAGCAAUCACUCAAAACAGUCUUAUACUAACCAGAGAGCCGCUACCUGGGCCAGGACAGCACCCUAUGCAACUCAUUAUAAAUAAUACAACAAGUCCCUUAACUGUAAAACUACCCCCUGGCUCUAUCAUUUUGCGCCCAGAGCCUCAGAAUUCAUCCCAGGAACAGCUGCAGCAGCCACAGCAGAUAUACGUUUUAAUUCCAAAACGGCAGCAGCCACCCAGGGCUCCUGUCCCUCGACAGCCAGUGCCACCAGCUUGUUCCCAAGGGUCUAACCAUCAGCACUUGUCCUUACCAGCUCUGCAAGCUAGUCACCUUAACAUUGAGCAAACUACUCGUCCUAACAUCGGUAGGGCCGGAGUGUUCCAACAGACCCAGACAUUUGUGAUGUGUCAGAUAGGUGCCACCCCUCAGAAUCACAGGCAGAACGUUCAUUCUGCGAACUUCCAGCUCUCUGCUGUGAUAGAACACCAGAGGCCGACUCAGACCCAGAACAUGCACUGA